AUGGAUCCAUCUCUUGCUACAAAACAUAAAGGAGAACCUGUAGAAUUUUCAUAUGAUUCUCGUGAUGCUAUUAUUUAUGCACUUGGUAUUGGUGCUACAACAACAAGUGAUUUAAAAUUUAUCUAUGAAAAUCAUGAAGAUUUUCAAGUAUUUCCAACAUUUAUUGUAUCACCAGGUUUUUCUGCUAAUUCUCAAAUGACUGAUUGGCCAGGAGUUAUAUUUGAUCUUCAGUCAAUUCUUCAUGGUGAACAUUACAUUGAAGUUUUUAAACCAUUGCCAUGUGAAGGUACAUUAAAAAAUAUUCCCAAAGUUAUUGAUAUAAUUGAUAAAGGAAAAGUUGCAAUUGUUUUAAGUGAAGUUGAUUCAUAUGAUGUAGAUACAGGGGAAAAAAUUGCAACACAACAAUUUUCUACUGUUUACCGUGGACAUGGGAAUUUUGGUGGAAAUCGUAAAUCUAUACAUGAAAAAGCAACAUGUACAAUGCCAGAUACUUUACCAGAUAUGGUAUAUGAAGAAAAAACAUCUCCAUAUCAAGCAUCAUUAUAUCGUCAAGGUGGUGGUGAUCUUAAUCCAUUACAUAUUGAUCCAAUGUUUGCUAAAAUGUCUGGUUUUGAUAAACCAAUUCUUCAUGGUUUAUGCACUUUAGGUUUUGCAACAAGACAUAUAAUUAAAUGUUUUGCCAAUAAUGAUGCUUCCCUUUUCAAAGCCAUUAAAGUUCGUUUUGUAAAUCCUGUAAUGCCUGGUGAUACAUUAGUCACCAGUAUGUGGCAAAAAGGAAAUCGCAUUAUUUUUAAAGUAACUACCAUAGAAAAUGGAAAAGAUGUUAUUUUAAAUUCUUAUGUUGAUUUAAAAGAAGUUAAAAAAUGUGACAAAAAAAACAUUAGUAAACUUUAA